AUGGCAGCACCAACACCCCUUUUGAAAGAUGAACUCGACAUCGUGAUCCCCACAAUCCGGAACCUCGAUUUCUUGGAGAUGUGGAGGCCAUUCUUUCAGCCUUACCAUCUCAUAAUUGUGCAAGAUGGUGACCCUUCAAAGACCAUAAAGGUUCCUGAAGGCUUUGACUACGAGCUCUACAACCGCAAUGACAUCAACAGGAUUCUUGGUCCCAAGGCCAGUUGCAUCUCCUUCAAGGACUCUGCAUGCCGUUGCUUUGGCUACAUGGUGUCAAAGAAGAAGUACAUCUACACCAUUGAUGAUGACUGCUUUGUUGCCACCAAUCCAUCUGGACACAAGAUUAAUGCACUUGAGCAGCAUAUAAAAAACCUUCUCUGCCCAUCUACACCUUUCUUUUUCAACACUCUCUAUGAACCUUUCCGAGAAGGUGCAGAUUUUGUUCGCGGUUACCCCUUCAGUCUCCGGGAAGGUGUGCCAACAGCAGUUUCUCAUGGUCUUUGGCUCAACAUCCCAGACUAUGAUGCUCCUACUCAGCUUGUGAAGCCUCUUGAGAGAAACACUAGGUAUGUGGAUGCCAUUAUGACCAUACCAAAGGGCACUUUGUUUCCCAUGUGUGGAAUGAACUUGGCCUUUGAUCGCGACCUCAUAGGACCAGCAAUGUACUUUGGUCUCAUGGGUGAUGGUCAGCCUAUUGGACGCUACGACGACAUGUGGGCUGGCUGGUGCUGCAAGGUAAUCUGUGAUCACUUGGGAUUGGGAAUCAAGACUGGUCUGCCCUAUAUCUAUCACAGCAAGGCCAGCAACCCAUUUGUAAACCUGAGGAAAGAGUACAAAGGCAUAUUCUGGCAAGAAGACAUUAUCCCAUUCUUCCAGACCCUUGUUCUGCCAAAAGAAGCUACCACUGUUCAGAAGUGCUACAUUGUGCUUGCCAAGCAAGUCAAGGAAAAGCUUUCCAAAAUAGAUCCUUACUUUGACAAGUUGGCAGACGCCAUGGUCACUUGGAUUGAAGCUUGGGAUGAGCUUAACCCAGCUGGAGCAUCACUGCCCAAUGGCAAAGCAUGA